AUGGCUGCAAAGACCGUAUUAAUCACAGGCUGUUCCAAGGGCGGGAUUGGCUAUGCUCUCGCAAAGGCUUUCAAUGCCCAAGGAUGCAAAGUCUACGCAACAGCUCGCAGGCUUGAAUCCAUGAACGGUCUCUCCGAUCUAGGGAUUGGGACUCUGAAACUCGACGUCAACUCCGCCGAAUCCGUCGACAAGCUCAAGUCUAUCAUCGAAGAGAAGACUGGCGGCACCCUCGAUUUCCUGGUUAACAAUGCAGGAAUUGGAUACACCACUCCACUCGCCGACGUCGACAUCGACCAAGCUCGCAAUUUGUUCGAGACGAAUUUGAUCUCUGUCAUGCAAAUGGUCAAGUCAUUCCACAAACUUCUCAUCGCAUCCAAAGGAACGAUCAUCAACAUCGGCUCCAUCGGCGCAUUCCUCCCCUCGCCUUUUGGUGGAGUCUACAAUGCCUCGAAAGCCGCUCUCCUCUCCUACGGUGACGCCCUCAGAAUCGAGAUGGAGCCCUUCGACGUACAUGUCCAGACAAUCAUCACGGGUGCAAUCAAGUCCAAUAUCGCGAACAACGCCGCAGCACGCUACUCCCUGCCCUCGGACUCUAUCUUUGCACCCAUCACCUCCUUCGUCGAAGCCCGCCUCAACGCAUCCCAGACAAACGGACCCCUCGAUACCGACGUCUACGCCCGUGACGUUGUUCGUCAAGCCCUGUUUCCCCCGAGAUCUCUGUGGGCACUCGGAGGAAGGGUUCGGAGGCCGUAUUACUGGAGAGGUGGGUUGAGUGAUAUCACGAGGUUUAUCAGGAGAUUUUUGCCGAUGAAUUUUUGGGAUUUUAUUUUGGCGUAUAAGUUUGGGUUGAAUGUAUUGAACAGGAAGUUGAGGGAUGGGAAGAAGGAUCUCUGA